AUGGGCAGUGCAAGUUCGAAGCCUACGCGUACGCUGCGGUCCACGGUGACGUCCCAGCUAGGGAACACGGGAAAGUCCAAGCAGCCUGCGCAGUCGCAAGCGCCAGUCUUAGAGCAUAAUACGUCGCGCUUUAGCAAAGAUGCAUCGAUUAUACACGACGCAAAAGAUCCCCAGUAUCUCCAGAACCUCGGCACCCUGGGCCAAGUUAAGGUCCAGGGAAUCCGCGAGGAGUUCAGCCAUGCGGACUCCAUGCUUGGGAUCAUGGAAGUGCGCGCGCGAAAUGACGCACUGGAAGAAGAGAAUUCUGCGCACAGCGGCGCACUCUCCGCGGCGGAGCUGGUGGGCUUGCUGGAAGAAUACAAGGCCGCACCGUCGCCAGCGCUACUCGACCGCCUGGCAGUCGAGUACGACACAGACCGCAACGCACUGGAGCGUCUUGUCAAAUGGGUCGCCGCAGCGCCAAGGCAGCCCACGGCGAGUUGA